CCCUAGUAGAUUGCAACAAAAAAAAGAUUAAAAACUCCCACCUAUCCUGUUCUCGCAUUAAAAUCUUCUUACUCAACCAGUCCAUGCCCAUUUUGUCAAUAUUGAUUUUUUAUUAGGAAAGCAAAUGAGCGAAUUAAUUACAGAUCUUACCUUCCUUGUAAGACGCAACAAGUAGCCCAACUUAUAUAAUUACUAAAUAUUAUUCCUUCUCUUUGAUCCAUUCCACUAUAUUUUCGUUUUCAGUAGCUUCCUUACCCAACGCCCAAAAUUAAAGACCAAUCAGAUUCAUCCAACUCACUAAUAAUACUAGUAUAAUAUUAUUUCCUACUCUGCUCAUCCAUUUAAAUUUCACUACAGAGCAUUUAAAGCACACAUAGCAUUCCUUGUGACUCUCAAUCUUCUCACUCUCAAUCUCUCACUCACAUACCAUAUUUUCAUUACCUUACUUUUUCAUUUACACGGGCCAUGGCCCAUACCGUGUUUCGGGCCAAACAAGCAGCUUCUUCAAGAGACAAAUCUCUCUUAGUAGCAGCCAUAGGUGCUGUUUUACUUGUCUGUUCUAUUUGGUCAUUCACUGAUCCUUUGCCUAACUUAUCAACUUUAUUAUUCAACCAAAAUAUUAGUUCACCCGAAUAUUGCCCACCGGGUCGUGAAGCCCUUGACAGGAGCUCCGACCCGCCCGAAAAGACAUUCUACGAUGACCCGGAACUCAGUUACACUAUUAACAAACCGGUUAAAAACUGGGAUGAGAAAAGAAUCCAAUGGCUGAAACUUCAUCCUUCAUUUGCUCCAGGAAGAGUUAACCGUGUACUACUCCUCAGUGGAUCACAGCCAACUCCAUGCAAGAACCCUAAAGGUGAUCAUUUUCUCUUAAGGUUUUUUAAAAACAAAGUUGAUUACUGUAGAAUACAUGGCUACGAUAUUUACUAUGGUAACAAUUUUUUUCACCCUAAAAUGCGUUCUUAUUGGGCCAAAAUACCACUUGUUCGGGCCGCCAUGUUGGCCCAUCCUGAAUCUGAGUGGAUUCUAUGGGUUGAUUCUGAUGCUAUAUUCACUGAUAUGGAUUUCAAGAUUCCAUUACACAAGUACAAUGACUACAACUUCAUUGUUCAUGGUUGGCCUGAUUUGAUUGUUAAGAAGAAAAGUUGGGUAGCAAUAAAUGCAGGGAUUUUUCUCAUACGAAAUUGCCAGUGGUCCAUGGACUUUUUAGAUGUUUGGGCCAAUAUGGGCCCGAAAAGCCCCGAAUAUAAACAUUGGGGCAAAAUUUUAAGGACGACUUUUAAGGACAAACCUUUCCCGGAGUCCGAUGAUCAGUCAGCACUGAGUUAUUUUCUACUGAAAGGUGAACAUAAAUGGAGGAGCAAAAUUCACGCGAUUACUGAUUACUCUUUACACGGAUACUGGCUAGGAAUAGUAAACAGAUUCGACAAAAUAACAGAGAAUUACACGAAGAUAGAAAGAGACGUACCAAAGUUAAGGCGUAGACACGCGGAGGCGGUGAGCGAGAGUUACGCGGCCGCGUGGGACCCGUUAGUGGCGGAGGGCGGUGAUGGCAGAGGUGGUUGGAGGCGGCCGUUUAUAACACACUUCACGGGAUGUCAACCGUGUAGUGGGGACCACGCCGCGGAGUACGUGGGUGAUUCUUGUUGGGUGGGAAUGGAGAGAGCGUUGAAUUUUGCGGAUAAUCAGGUGUUACGUAAUUUUGGAUUCAUGCACGAUGAUAUCAAAAGUAAUUCACCUGUCUCUCCGGUAAAUUUUGAUUUUCCUGCAGAGGAGACAGAAGAAUUCGUGUGAAAAACACACAUUUCUGUUUUUACUGUAGGAUUAAACGUGGUUACAUUUAAGUGUUGUGAAUUUUUUUAUGCAACUAUUACCAAUGUAGCAGUGUUUGAUAGUUACUGUAAUAGCAUGAAACAAGGUUUUAUAUCCCCAUACAAGAAAACAAUGGGACAAGUUUUAUCUCAAGCAAUUUACUGUGGAGCUCUUUUACUAUCA